GGAACAUCCAGAUUUCCAGUCAAUAAUGUUGAAACAGUUUUGAAGGUAUCAUUUGUUGGACAUAUAUAAGGUUGCAAAAGAGAGGGGAAAAGUGCAAUUGUCCUCAAGUCCAAAACACAGAAGCUCUUGAGCAAUGGGCACCUGGUACCUCCUCACCCUGACAGUGCUGGUCAGCUGUUGCUGCCAUGGUGUUCUGUCCUGUCCAGACCUGUGCACCUGCUACUUUUCUACCAAUGACACUCAGGUGGUCUGCACAGGCCCCUUGGUCUCAGAUUUCCCUUCCAGCCGUCUCCCAGCCAAUACCACUUCUCUGUCCAUUGAGUUCACCAACAUGAGCUCUAUUUCUGGCGAGCACCUGCAGGCCACACCCCUCUUGCAGGAGCUCCACCUAUCAGGAAACAAGCUGCGUGAGCUGCCAGCAGAUCUGCUGAGUGGCCUCCCCCACCUGAAAACCCUGGACCUCACAGGCAACCAGCUGCAGCAGCUGCCUCCAGGUGUGUUCAGCAACGCCCCACUGCUCACACUGGUGCUCAGAGACAACAAGCUCUCCGCGGCUGAUGCCCACUGGCUUCCGCCUAACAGCAGCCUCACCUGGCUGGAUCUGGCGUCGAACCAACUGACUGUCAUUCCCACAGCUCUGCUGCAAAACCUGCCCCAGCUGAAAAUGCUUUAUCUGAGCAACAACAAGCUAGAGAAGGUCCCUGCUGCCGCCCUGGACCCAGUAAUACACCUUAAACGACUUCACCUUGAGGAGAACAAACUGACUUACCUGGACCCUUCCGCCUUCCAGCUCACCCCAAACCUGACCCACCUUUUCCUCCAGGAGAACAGAUUGGAGAAGCUUCCCUCUGGCAUUUUUCAUGGGCUCUCCCGCCUUGACUACCUGAACCUGAGCCAGAACCGCCUACGCAACCUGCCCGCCGGCCUGCUGGACAAAUUGCCUGCACUGGGCGCUAGCGUUGGCCAGGGCCUGGACCUCUCCCUUAACCCCUGGGACUGUGACAAGGGUGUGGCCUACUUGUGGACCUGGCUCCGUGACCAUAAAGAAAAAACCUAUUUGGACGAAAUUCAGUGUGCCACACCUGAAGCCCUGAAGGGGAAGGUCAUCUCAUCUGUGACAGAGGAAGAGUUGGGAGCAUCCAGCAGCGACUGAACAAGGAACAGUUUAGCACAUGCCCAAAUUCUUCUGUUAAGAUUCACUGCUAACUAAAUAAAGUUCAAUAAUAAGA